UGAAGGAGGUCGUGGGGGGGUCCAUGGCGGGGCCGCCGCCGCCUCCCCCGGGCCCGGAGGCCCCGCGUUACCAGGAGUGGAUCCUGGACACGAUCGACUCGUUGCGGUCGCGGAAGGCGCGGCCCGACCUGGAGCGGAUCUGCCGCAUGGUGCGGCGGCGGCACGGCCCCGAGCCCGAGCGCACCCGCGCCGAGCUGGAGAAGCUCAUCCAGCAGCGCGCCGUGCUCCGCGUCAGCUACAAGGGCAGCAUCUCCUACCGCAACGCCGCGCGCGUCCAGCCGCCGCGGAGACCCCCGCACACCCCCCCCCCGCCGCCGCCGCCGCCGCCGCCGCCGCUGCCGCCGCCGGCCCCGGCCGCCGCCGCCGCCGCGCCCCCCCCGCGCCGCUCCGAGCCCCCCGUCAGCCUCCGCGAUGCCGCGCGGCUCCUCGGCGGCGACGGGCGCCUGACCCGCGGGCGGCUGCAGGGAUCGGCCGUGCCCGUGGAUGGGGCCGGGGGGGGCGGCGCGGGGCCCGGGGGCGCGGCGGGGGCCGGAGGCGGCGGGGGGCGGCUGGAGCGGACCCGACUCGCCACCAUCGCCAUGGCCCGCGCCGAGAGGGGCCGAGCGGCCGCCGGCAGGGCCCGGAAGCCCCCCGAAGCAUCAUCAAGGGAUGAGGAGGAGGAAGAGGAGGAGGAGGAGGAGGAUGAGGACGGGACGGGCUCGGAGGCCUCGGAGGAAGGGGGCGCCCCCUCCGAGCGGCUGAAUGGGGAGGGCCGGGGGGGGCCCCCCCUACGCCCCCCAGGGCAGCCCCCCCCUCCCGAGCGGCCCCCCCAGCCCAAGGCCUGUGCCCCGGGGGGGGGGGAGAGCGGCUGCCACCAGCUGGGACCCCUCAAGAAGGACGGGACCUUCGGGCAGCCCGACAGGGCAGUGUCCCCAGCGCUGGCGGGUGCUGAGCCCUCGGUGCCGCUGUCCCCCGGUCCCCAGGCGGCGGAUGGGACCCCCCUGGGCUGCACCGCCCCGCGCCGGGACAAGCUCUCGGAUCCCGUGGAUUGGUCCGUGCGGGACGUGGUCGAUUAUUUCACCGAGGCGGGAUUCCCGGAGCAGGCGACGGCGUUCCAGGAGCAGGAGAUCGACGGGCGGUCGCUGCUGCUGAUGCAGCGCUCGGACGUGCUCACGGGGCUCUCGAUCCGCCUCGGGCCCGCGCUCAAGAUCUACGAGCACCACGUGAAGCUGCUGCAGCGCAGCCACUUCCAGGAGCCGCCCGAGCCCCCCCCGGAGCCCUUCCCCGCCUGAGCGCCAGGGGGCGCCGCCGCCGGCCCCGCGCGAACAGACUUUGGGGGGUGGUUGGGGAUAGAGCGGGGGCACCCCCCCCCCCCCACCUUGGGGGGCACCUCGGGGGGGGGCGUGGCCUGGGGGGCACCUCUCUUUUGGGGGGUCACCCCCCGUUUGGGGGGAUCACGCUUUGAGGGGGUUGCCCCACUUUGGGGGGUCACCUCUCAUUCAGGGGUUGCUCAUUGGGGGGGUCACUCUCUUUGGGGGUCACUCUCUUUGGGGGUGCCUGUUUUGGGGGGGGUGACCCCUUUGGGGGGUCACUCCCUUUGGGGGUGCCUGUUUAGGGGGGUCACCCCUUUGGGGGGUCACUCUCUUUGGGGGUGCCUGUUUUGGGGGGGGUCACCCCUUUGGGGGGUCACUCCCUUUGGGGGUGCCUGUUUUGGGGGGGGUCACCCCUUUGGGGGGUCACUCCCUUUGGGGGUGCCUGUUUUGGGGGGGUCACCCCUUUGAGGGGGGGAGAUUUUUAGCGUCGGGGGGGGUUUGGGGGGUGCCACCGGAGCCGUUUUAACCUGCCCCCCCCCUUUACCCAAAAUGGGGUGCAAAACCCCCCCCCCCGACACCCCUUUACCGGGGGGGGGCUGCCCUUCCCCUCCCCCCCAAAUCAUGGUGUGUCCCCACCCCCCCCCGGCUUCUUUUGGGGUUUUUUAAAUAAAAAUGGUUAAAAAAA